AUGAAUGAGACAUAUUCUGUGUCUGCACAUUGCGCACCUCUCGCGUCAACCUCCACCGUGGCUUCAACAGAUUAUGUGCCUCUACCUGUUGACCAACUUCACGUGUCCUUUGCUGAUCAGGAGGUCCGUCAACGCGAUGCCGCAUUGCGGCGUGUGGAAUCCACCAUUAUCCAGCUGGGUGAAAUUUACCAACAGUUCUCCACCUUGAUCCACGACCAGCAUGAGGUGGUUCAGCGAAUUGACGGCCAUGCAGAGGACACAGAGCUGAACAUCGGUUCAGCUUAUGAACACUUACUGGUCUACUUUCGAUCCGUUUCCUCUCGACGAGUGCUGAUGCUGAAAUUAUUCGUCAUUCUUCUCGUGUGCUUUACUGUGGUCGUAUACAUUGUUUGA